AUGUAAGAUUUGGUAAGUACUUCUCUCAUCAUAAAUGCUUAGAUGAAAAGCUAAAAUCAAACAAAGAAAGAAAGAAAGAGAUCCACCUCGAACCCCUCUCCAUCUCCUUCCUCAAUCAUCAGAUAUAUAAUGAGAGAAGACGAUUCCGACUGGUUCUCAAGAUGGGAACAAGACCUCCCCUCUCCAGACGAGCUCAUCCCUUUAUCUCAAUCCCUCAUCUCUCCCGAUCUCGCUCUCGCCUUCGACAUCCGUACCCCCUCCCAACCUCCCCACCACCACCACCACCAAUCAUCCACGCCCCUCACUCCCUCUCAAGCCAACUCCUCCGCCGAGUUCGCGGCGGACUCGUCGGAUCUAGCCGCCGGAGACGAGCCGGCGCGGACCCUGAAGAGGCCUCGCCUCGUGUGGACGCCGCAGCUGCACAAACGCUUCGUGGACGCGGUGGCCCACCUCGGGAUCAAGAACGCGGUCCCCAAGACGAUUAUGCAGCUCAUGAGCGUCGACGGGCUGACCAGAGAGAACGUCGCGAGCCACCUGCAGAAGUACCGGCUCUACCUCAAGAGGAUGCAGGGGCUGUCUUCCGGCGGAUCGGAUCCGGCGGCCGACCGUCUCUUCGCCAGCUCUCCGGUUCCCGCUCAUUUCCUUCACCCGAACCGCUCUGACCAUUUCAUGCCGUCUUUCGUCCCGAUCGCGACGCUUCAGCAGCAGCAGCAAAUGGUCGCUGCUGCGGCUGCGGCGGCCGCUAAUCCUCCUCAUCUGCAGCCGCCUCAGUUCCACCACCGUCAAAUCGCUGCCGCUCACUUCGGAUCGCCGCCGACGACGACGACUAAUGGGAAGUUCGAUGCGUCGUUCUUGGCGAGGCAAACGCAGCCGCAGCAGACGCUUCAGAGAAUGUCUACGCCAAUGUUGCAUAGUCCGGUUAGUAAUUACGUUGAGGAUUUGGAAUCUGCAAACGCUAAUGGAGGUAGAGCAGUCUUGACUUUGUUCCCUACUCGAGACGAUUAAAAUUUGGAAUUGGAUUCAUCUUGGUAAUAAAUAAGCUCUGCUGAUCAGUGUAGUCCAAGUACAAGCUGUUGCUGGCACACACUUUUGUGACCCAUCCAAUUUGAUUCUUUAAUUGUUCAAAAUGUAUCAUCUGCAGUCUUCAGGAACAUUGAGUUGAGACAGGUUCUAUGCAGUCUUUAUGUCUUCCGUGUGAACCAGCUCUUUUCAGGUCAUUAACUUGCUUAACUCUUGUAGCUUCUGCUUUAUGAUUCUUGUAAAGACGAGCUCUUGUAAACACACCCAAGGUUGAAGUAAUAAUAAUAAUCAUCCAUCUUGAUUAGAAAAAUUUACUUGACAAUGUUAUUUGUUUCCCAUUUUCUUGCCUUUUGUAUCAUUUUAGAUUUGUUCUUGUGGCACUGAAUCCUCAUAAAAAGUAACAUUGCAGCUA